GCAUCAGAAAACGCAUAGUGGUCUCUGACCUUUGUAAUGGCGACUCGCAUGCUGAGAAAUAUCCUCGGCCAAGGUUGCAAGAAUAUAAAUAGGAAAUGUUGUAAAAGAUACCUUUGUAGUAGUAGAGAGGCAGGGGGAAAUGCUGACAUACCUAUGAAAAAUGUGCCUCUAUCAUCGAGGCCUCCAAACUUUCCCCCACCAAGGUAUGCAGUGGCUGACAAAACACAACAUGAGACCCAGGUGACGGUACUAGACAAUGGCUUACGAGUGGCGUCGGAGAAUAAAUUUGGGGAGUUUUGUACUGUUGGUGUAUUGAUCGACUCUGGUUCAAGAUAUGAAGUAAACUACCCAAGUGGUAUAAACCAUUUCCUGGAGAAACUGGCUUUUAGUAAAACAACAAAUUAUGAAAAUCGAGAUAAAAUCAACCAAGUGUUAGAGAAAGUUGGAGGCAUUUGUGAUUGUCAGUCUUCGAGAGAUACAAUGAUAUAUGCUAUGUCAUUAGAAAGAGAGGGGCUACCCGAGGCGUUAGAUAUACUGUCAGACGUAGUUUACCAGCCUGUCAUAGGUGAUGAGGAGAUUGAGAUGGCACGACAGGCAAUUGGAUUUGAGCUAGAGUCUCUCCGUAUGAACCCUGACCCCACGGCACUGAUGGUAGAGAUGAUCUUUGCUGCUGGAUACAAAAAUAAUACUCUAGGGCUACCAAAGAUCUGUCCUGACGGUAACCUCAGUAAGAUAGACAAUCGUUUACUGUACACAUAUAUGAACAGUUACUAUGAUCCUAAGAGAGUAGUGUUAGCCGGUGUUGGCAUCGAUCAUGACACGCUCGUCAAUAUGGCGGAGAAACAUUUCAUCACAAAGUCACCGAUUUGGACAGAAAACAAAUCUCUGAUUUACCCUUCCAAAGGCAUGGAUUGUUCUAUAGCACAGUACACUGGAGGACUGGUAACUGAAGAACAAGAUUUAUCAGAUGUUAGUCUUGGACCAAAUCCAAUGCCUGAACUGGGGCAUUUAGUUAUUGGACUAGAAAGUUGCUCACAUAAGGACGAUGAUUUUGUAACAUUUUGUGUACUAAUGAAUUUACUAGGAGGAGGGGGAUCAUUUUCUGCCGGCGGACCUGGGAAAGGCAUGUACACUAGACUUUACCUGAAUGUACUGAAUAAGCAUCAUUGGAUAGAAAGUGCGCAGGCUACAAAUCACGCUUUUGCCGACACGGGGAUGUUUGUGAUACAGGCUAGCUCUCAUCCAAGCAAGCUUGACAAACUGACUGAGGUUAUAACUAAAGAAUUAGUCAAUACAGCUGGCCAGACACCACAGGUUGAAUUAAACAGAGCUAAGAGACAGCUCCAGUCUAUGCUGUUGAUGAACUUAGAACAAAGACCGGUUGUGUUUGAGGAUGUUGGUAGACAGGUGCUCUCCAUGGGUUAUAGAAACCAGCCAGAAUACUAUCAUGACCUUAUAGAAAAAGUGACAGCAGAAGAUAUAAGCAGAGUGGCACAGAAAAUGUUAAGAACAAAGCCUGCUGUAGCCGGGUAUGGAACGUUGCAGAAAUUACCCGACCUUGACACUAUACAAAACAUGAUACUUAAUAAGAGUAAACCCAAGCUAUUCUCACUGUUUGGAAGAUGAAAUAUUGCAGAUAUAUAACUAAAAUUACAAAAAUGUAUAAUUGAGAAAUUAAUGUAAAGUGAGUGCAAAAUUAAUACGGUAUAUCUCCUUCAGAGCAGUAUUCUUUUAGGAGAGAACAAAUUAUGGUUGUUCAGAAGAGGUGUUGCUUUAGUGAAGUGAAAAUUAAAUUUAUUGUGAAUUGUUGUUAUUGGUAGAAAAAUGACACGGUUGUUGUGAAGAGGUGAUUGCUCAACAAAGGGGCACUUUCUGACGAGGUUACACAGUAUUUCAAAAUGAACAGGAUAGUUCUCAAGACCUAGAUUGUCUGAGUAAUUAUAUCGUAAAGAAUUCAGUGAAACCCGCAGUCAUUAUGUCGGAAUAAAAAUAGAUAUAGUGUCAAUGUGGAAAAAAAGUGUUCCCCACCCAUAUUAGUUUAAGUUCUGUGUUUUUCUAAAAUAAAUGCAGAGUUUUUGAGAGGGGAAAAAAAACAAAAAUCAUGUCUUACACUAGAAGUAAAAGAUCACACUUUGGCAGAACAGUGUACAGAGUGUGUUAUUUUUGUUGUAAAUAUUUAUUCAGUUUUACAGAUUGUUGUAGAGAGUAAAGUUUUUGUAUAUUUUUUCAUGAUCGUAUUAACCGUGUGUAAUGAAUAUAAAACUUAGGCCAGACAUACCAGGAUGGACCUACCAGAAAGUUGGGUUAGAUGUAAGUUGAAGAAUAUUUUAGCUACAGACCAUGUGUGUAUAAAUCACAAUGAUAAUUUAUGUUUACUUAAUUAUGUAUGUUGUUAGUUAUAGACCAUAUUUGUUAAAGGCUCAUCAAGCCUAGAUAAUAAUGAUAUUUCUUAUAUAUUUCUCAAAAACUUUUUACUUGUAGUGUCAGGUGACGUGUUUCCAAAAGGCUACUCCUUGGUCAUAUAACUUAUCUCUUACGGUUUUGAAAUGAUUGUUUCAUUUUACGCCUUUUCCUCAACAGUAUUUCAGUCAUAUAGGCGAGUAGUUUCCUAACCAUCGUUCCUAGAGAGUUACACCAGUACUAGACUACCUUCCUCCACGCUAAACUACCAAAGCAUCUCCUGGGGAUCGAACCCACGCCAGAGAGGUAGUCAUCGACACUAACCCCUCGUCCACGGAGGCGAUUGUUUUGAAAUAGUUUUGUGGUGUAGUAUUUUGUAUGUUAGUACUUUGUUUACUUCAAUGAUUAUUUCCCUUUCAUCAGGUGGUCAUCAUCACACAUGCACUUUAUCCAAUUUAGGGGUGUCCAUGGCCAAGUGGUUAAGGUCGUUGACUUCAAACCACUUGCCCCUCACCGCUGUGGGUUCGAAUCCCGACAUGGACUUUGGAUUCUUUCAUGUGAGGAAGCUAUCCAGCUAGCUUACGGAACGUCGGUGGUUCUACUCAGCUGCCUAUUCGUGCCUGAAAAAAUGCACGGAAGGGCACCUGAGAUCUUCCUCCACCAGUGAAGCUGCAACAUCGCCGACCGAUACUGUGUUGAUGAGAUGUUAAACCCAAUCAAAAAAACAAACUUAAUCCAAUUUGAAGUAGUAAAAAAUUACAUGUUUGCUCUUUGUAAAGGAAAACAAAAAUAUACAGUAAAAAUGAAGAAGAAGAAACCCUGGCCAUGUUUAGCCAAAAGUCCUGUUUGCAGAGGUUAUAUAAAGUGAUUUAUUUAUCAGUGGAUUUGGACUUUAAAUCAUCCGAUUUUCAAAGUAUUAAGGUUUUUUAGAAUUCCAGUUUUACUAUACUAAUUUCUGAGGGUAAGUGUGCCUUUAAAGCUUUAAGUUCAAGCUGCGUAGAUUUUAGUUGCAUACAUGUGAACACUCCCACUUUAAGCAGCGGAAGACUCCCACUUUCUGCAGCCAUAUUUUCAAAGAUUUUUUAGCUCACCUGUCACAAAGUGACAAGGUGAGCUUUUGUGAUCGCUUUUCGUCCGUCCGUCCGGCGUCCGUAAACUUUUACUUUAAAUGACAUCUCCUCAUAAACCACUUGGCCAAUUUCAUCCAAACUUCACAGGAAUGUUCCUUUGGUGGGCACCUUUAAGAAUUGUUCAAAGAAUUUAAUUCCAUGCAGAACUCUGGUUGCCAUGGCAACCGAAAGAAAAAACUUAAAAUAUCUUCUUUUAAAAAACCCAAGAGCUAGAGCUUAGAUAUUUGGCAUGAAACAUCAUCUAGUCAGUGUCUACCAAGUUUGUUCAAAUGAAAGCCCUGGGGUCAUAAUUGGCCCCGCCCCAGGUGGUCAUUGAUUUUCCCUAUAUGCAUAUAGUAAAACCUUAAAAAAUCUUCUUUUAAAGAACCCAAAGAGCUAGAGCUAAGAUAUUUAGCAUGAAACAUCCUCUAAUGGGUGUCUACCAAGUUUGUUCAAAUAAAAGCCCUGGGGUCAAAAUUGGCCCCGCCCCAGGGGGUCAUUGAUUUACCCUAUAGGCAUAUAGUAAAACCUUAAAAAAUCUUCUUUUAAAAAACCCAAAGAGGUAGAGCUUAGAUAUUUGGCAUGAAACAUCUUCUAGUCAGUGUCUACCAAGUUUGUUCAAAUAAAAGCCCUGGGGUCAAAAUUGGCCUGCCCCAGGGGUUCAUUGAUUUUCCCUAUAUGCAUAUAGUAAAACCUUAAAAAAUCUUCUUUUAAAGAACCCAAAGAGCUAGAGCUAAGAUAUUUAGCAUGAAACAUCCUCUUAUGAGUGUCUACCAAGUUUGUUCAAAUAAAAGCCCUGGGGUCAAAAUUGGCCCCGCCCCAGGGGGUCAUUGAUUUACCCUAUAUGCAUAGAGUAAAAACCUUAAAAAAUCUUCUUUUAAAAAACCCAAAGAGGUAGAGCUUAGAUAUUUGGCAUGAAACAUCUUCUAGUCAGUGUCUACCAAGUUUGUUCAAAUAAAAGCCCUAGGGUCAAAAUUGGCCCCGCUCCAGGGGGUCAUUGAUUUUCCCUAUAUGCAUAUAGUAAAACUUUAAAAAAAAUCUUCUUUUAAAGAACCCAAAGAGCUAGAGCUAAGAUAUUUAGCAUGAAACAUCCUCUAAUGGGUGUCUACCAAGUUUGUUCAAAUAAAAGCCCUGGGGUUAAAAUUUGGUCCCGCCCCAGGGGGUCAUUGAUUAACCCUAUAUGCAUAUAGUAAAAACUUAAAAAAUCUUCUUUUAAAAAACCCAAAGAGCUAGAGCUUAGCUAUUAAGCAUGAAACCUCUUCUAGUGGGUGUCUAACAAGUUUGUUCAAAUAAAAGCCCUGGGGUCAAAAUUGGCCCCGCCCCAGGGGGUCAUUGUUUUUCCUUUUAUGUAUAUAGUUAAAACAUAAAAAAUCUUAAAAGCUAGAGCUAAGAUAUUUAGCAUGAAACAUCUUCUAAUGGGUGUCUACCAUUUUUGUUAAAUUAAGGGCCCUGGGGUAAAAAAAAUUGGCCCCGCCCCGGGAUCAUUGAUUUUCCUUUUAUGUAUAUAGUAAAAACUGAAAAAAUGUUCUGUAAAAAAGCCCAAAGAGAUAGAGUUUAGAUAUUAAGCAUGAAUUAUCUUCUAGUGAGUGUUUACCAAGUUUGUUCAAAUAAAAGCCCUGGGGACAAAAUUGGCCCGCACAGAGGGGGUGGGUCAUUGUUUUUCCCUAUAUGUGUUUAGUAAAAACUUAAAAAUUUUCUUAGAGCUUGAGCUUAGAUAUUUAUCAUGAAACAUCCUCUAAUGGGUGUCUACCAAGUUUGUUCAAAUAAAGCCCCUGGGUUAAAAUUAGCCCCGCCCCGGGGGCCUAUAUACAGGUGAGCGAUUUCAGGGCCAUCAUGGCCCUCUUGUUUUAAAAUAAGGGGUAUUUUGACAAAUUAAAGAAGUCUUCCUCUUUUUGAUGUCAGAACUUCCUUCUUUGUUUAUUGCAAAUUCUAAAAUCUCUCUUUUUGAAGAAAAAUCUUCCACUCAAUCAUGGAAAAAAGUUCACUUGUAUGUAGUUUUAGUUGUAUUGAACUGGGGGACAUUGAUGCAGCUAUGACACCAACUCCAUCAAAUACAUUAAUUAUAUUACACUCAUUCCUUUAAAGGCACAUUAAGCCUCGGAAAUGAUUUAUUUUCAUUCUGUAGAAAAGGGUAUUAUGUUUUCUGUAAUGCUGUGAUAUUUUUGUAAAACAUGUGAGAUAUUUAUCACAUGUAGAAAAUAAAACGUAUUAUGACUUCCAUACUUAAUCCUUACAUGCUGCAGUAGUAAUUGCCAAAGGCAAAAAAAAGAAAUAGAUGAAUAAGGUAUAUGGUCAAUGAGUACUUUUUUUGGAAACUGAAGGAUACUAAAAAAAAAAAAGAAAAAAAUAUGAGAAUUAGUAUUAUUUAUUUCCUUUUUUGAAGAAGAAAAUAAAUUAAUAUAACAAUAAUAAUUAUGAUAUACAUUGUAUAUGUUACCAUAAAGUUAAGAAAUAUUGAUCAUUAUUCAAAACUAACAAAUGUGAACUGUAUGUUGAUUAUUGAAGAGUAAAUAAAAACACUUGAAAGUCA